ACUUAUUUUGACCACACAAAAAAAAUAAAAAAAUAAAAGCCGUGCACAGAUUUCUUAGCUCCAUAAAAUAUCAUUGUCACUUUCAAAGGUUUUCUUUAAAUGGUCUCUUGAUUUUUUCUCUCGCUUGACGAAAAAGUGUACAUCUAUGCAGCUUCCACCGCCAUUUUCUCCUCCUCAAAACUCCCUCUGAACCCCAGAACUUGGCACUUUGAAACAUUGAAACAAACUUCAAUUAUCUUUCUUUCAUCUGUAAUAACUGAAAUAAACUUAAAGUUUCUCUCUUUGAUCUGUAAUAACUACAAUUUCUUCACAGUUUGAGUAAUCUAAAUCAAUAAAGUUGUAAUCUUUACUGGUUUUUUGGUCACUAAUUUGGAUUCUUGAUUUGAACUGUGAACUAUGGGGUUUGAGAAAGACAAAGCAAGUUCAUCAUCCCAUAUUCUGCAAAUCCCAAGAGAAGAUACACCACUUUUAGCCAACACCCAACAUCUUUCUUCACCUUCCAAAACUUUUGCUAAUGUUUUCAUAGCAGUAGUAGGAGCUGGAGUUCUUGGUCUUCCUUAUAGUUUCAAGAAAACAGGAUGGGUAAUGGGUACUCUCAUGCUUUUAUCAGUAGCAACUCUUACUUGCUAUUGUAUGAUGCUUCUUGUUUAUUCAAGGAGAAAGCUAGAAUCCCAUUUCAAAGUUGCCAAGAUUUCAUCUUUUGGUGAUUUGGGAUAUGCUGUGUGUGGAUCUGUAGGUAGAUGUACAGUAGAUGCUAUGAUUGUUAUGUCUCAAGCUGGUUUUUGUAUAAGUUACUUGAUUUUCAUAGCCAAUACAUUAGCACACUUAUUCAAUUAUUCUGUUACAAAUCCAAGUCCUAAAAUCUUGGGGUUGUCACCUAAAAAAGUGUAUAUUUGGAGUUGUUUCCCAUUUCAGUUGGGGUUGAAUUCAAUCCCUACACUCACUCACUUAGCCCCUUUGAGUAUAUUUGCUGAUGUUGUUGAUUUAGGUGCUAUGGGGGUAGUUAUGGCUGAGGAUGUGUUGAUUUUUCUAAAGAAUAGACCUGUUCUUGAAACAUUUGGUGGGUUCAGUGUUUUCUUCUAUGGUCUUGGUGUAUCUGUUUAUGCUUUUGAAGGUGUUGGGAUGGUCUUACCUUUAGAAGCAGAGAUGAAAGACAAGGAAAAAUUUGGGAAAAUCUUGGGUUUGUCAAUGGCUUUCAUUUCUUUGAUGUAUGGUUCUUUUGGAGUAUUGGGGUACUUUGCCUUUGGGGAAGAGACCAAAGAUAUAAUCACAACCAAUCUUGGGAGAGGAUUGCUUAGCACAUUAGUGCAAAUUGGACUUUGCAUAAACCUUUUCUUUACUUUCCCAUUAAUGAUGAAUCCUGUUUAUGAAGUGAUGGAAAGGAGAUUUUGUGAAGGGAGAUACUGCUUUUGGUUGAGAUGGAUUGUGGUUUUGGUAGUCACUUUAGUGGCAUUAAUGGUGCCAAAUUUUGCUGAUUUCUUGUCACUAGUUGGGAGCAGUGUGUGCAUUGUUUUGGGGUUUGUGCUACCUGCUUUGUUUCACUUAAUUGUAUUCAAGAAAGAACUAGGAUGGCUUGGUUUGGCUUUGGAUUCUGCACUUGUUUUAAUGGGUGCAGUUUUGGCUAUCUAUGGAACUUAUUCUUCCAUGCUGGAGAUCUUUGGAGUCAAAGCAUAAAGUUGGCUACUUGCUUCCUAUUACAAUUUAAUUGAAUCAUUUUAUAUAUUUAUAUAUAUAUAAUCAUGUACUCUCUGGUUUAGGUUGAGUUCAAAUUACUCCCUAGAAGAGGUGGAUCUAGGGCGGGUUCUGUUGAUGUGUACAUAUAAUAAGAUCACAUCUAGAUUAUGGAUUCUCUUUGAGGAUAAGUUUUACUUUUUGUUCCUACCUUUUUGUAGUAAAUUUUCUUCAACAAACGGUCAUUAAUA